UAUGUUAUUAGUUUAGAGUUUAGAGUUUAGUCAGGUAUCAACAAAUUACAUCAGAUCACAACCAUGUUGCCCGCGAUUCACAGUGUUGUUGCUUUUUUAAUUGUAGCUGUAAUAAUUGUCAUUUUUCUGUUCCUUUUAUACACAUACAUGACAGCCAAGCCAUAUCCUAACCUAGGGCGUCAUGACAGUGAAAAAUUUUACUACGAUCCAAAGUCAAAAUCAAAAAGACUUUUCCCAGAUUAUGCAAGUUCACCAACCGUGGAACUUUCUGUUAUUGUGCCUGCUUACAAUGAAGAAAAACGACUUCCGAUUAUGAUGGAAGAGGCAAUGGGGUAUUUGGAGAAAAGGCAAGCUCAGGAUCCCACCUUUUCUUAUGAAGUUAUUAUUGUAGAUGAUGGUAGCUCUGACCAGACUUCAGCAGUUGGCUUAAAAAAUUCAGAGAAAUUUGGAGCUGAGAAGGUGAGAGUGUUGACACUUCAUCAUAACAGAGGAAAAGGUGGAGCUGUUAGACUUGGUGUGCUGUCCAGCAGAGGAAAACAAAUUUUAUUUGUUGAUGCGGAUGGUGCAAGUAAAUUUAGUGACCUUGACAAGCUAGAGCUAAGUAUGAACACUUUAAAAGAAACUGCAAAAGAAAAGGCUAAAGAGAAUAAGAAAGUGAGAAAACAGGGUAAGAUGGCCAUUGUCUGUGGUUCUAGGGCACAUCUAGAGAAAGAUUCCAUUGCUAAGAGAUCUUUGUUUCGUACAUUCCUUAUGUAUGGCUUCCAUUUUGUUGUCACAUUGUUGUGUGUGAGAGGGGUCAGGGACACCCAGUGUGGGUUUAAACUACUUUCCAGAGAAGCUGCCAUUUUCCUGUUUUCUAACAUGCACGUAGAAAGAUGGGCUUUUGAUGUAGAUCUGUUGUACCUAGCUCAGUACUUUGGUGUUGCUAUUUCUGAAGUGGCUAUAGAGUGGCAAGAAAUAGAAGGCACCAAGAUGGUACCAGUCUGGAGUUGGCUACAGAUGGGCAGGGAUAUAGUUUUAAUUAGAUUGAGAUAUUCUUUAGGUAUCUGGAAAACCAAAACCAAAUUUUAAAUUUGUUAAAAAAUCUGUUUCUUGUAAAAAAAAAAAUCUGUCUGGUUUUAUUGGGUGCAUUUUUAUUUGAUGUCUGAGUGUUUUAUUUUCAAAAUACUCUAUAUAUGUGUAAUCAUUAUAAAAAAAAAUACAAAUUAUUUUUGUUUUGAUAUUGUUUUCAACAACUCAUAGUUAUUUUUUUCAUUUGUUACUUUUAUAGUUUCUGUUAUUUGUAUAAUGAGAAUUAGUUAUUGUUACUGCAGCAGUUAGCAUUACAAUUAAUUUGAGAAUUCAUGUUUUUCUAUGAUAUUUGGAAAAUUAUAUAAUCAAAUUAGUAAAGAGGAUUUUAGUUGUUUUAGAAUUAAAUGUCAUUUAAAUCUCAUUAAAACUAAGGUAUGUAAAAAGUACAUUUUCAAUAUUUUCUAUUCUAACAACAAGAUGUUAUUGUCUUAUGAACAUAGCCUAUCUUUUUGUUAAAAGAAGUUGAUAAUAGUAUAGUUUUUUUUUUAAAUAAUUUUUACUUUGUAUAGUUUUAUUUUUUAUUUUAUAAAAUUAUUAUGUUCAUGUAUUUAUUUUACUCAAAACUGCCUUAAUUUGUUGAAUUAAGCUGCUUAUUAAAAACAAAUAUGUAAGUCUUUGAAAAUCAAAUUAUAUGAUAUACAAUGUUGUUAAAUGUAUAAUGAUAUGAACAAUUUCUUAAAUAAAACAUUUACAAUCAAUUCCUUUAUGUAAAGGUUAUAAAAGUAUUUAUGUAACAGGAUGUUAUAAUUUUUUGAAAGUUCUGAAACAAUAAAGCUGGUAGCAAAUUAUACUUAAGUGAAUUUGAUAAUGUAUUUCUUUUAAAAGUAGAUUUACAAAAUGUUUGGUAAAAAUAAUAAUUCAUCUGUUUUCCUUAAAAUGUUGAGGCUCUGUUUAUUGUGCAGUUUAUCAGAAAUGUGUUGAAUCUAAAACUUGGAGUGUGCUCCCUUUUCCAGCAUUACAUUUUGAAAUUUCCUUUUUAUGUUGUUCUACUUAAACUUAAACCUAUUUUGUCCAAGUUUUCCUCUUAAGUCUUGUUAAAUACAUGUUUAAUGUGAGAUUUUUUACAAAAAAAAGCUUACAGUCACAGUCUACAUUCGUCUUACAAUACAAGAGUAUUGACAUCCAUA